GAAGCGCUCAACUCCCCCUAGUGGUCUGGCGCACUUCCGUUAUCUCUACAAACUUUGCUCUCACGGCCAUUGCAGUCAUGCUAGUGCCCCGGUUCUGGUCCACGCGGUCAGAAAGUACCUGUACCGAGCCCACGCUGUGGUUGUAGCUGACCGUUGGUGCAGAAGUCCCUCAGGGUGGGUGAGAGAGUGCAGGUGAGCCGUUAAAACGCGGAACCAUGGUAGCGCAGCUUAGCGCCGAGCUAACGCUAGCACACAGGGAGCUAGCCUGUGUUUACUCACAUGGAGCUGCUGGCUUUCACUCAGCAGCUGUCUGAUCGUUUAGGUUUGAAUUAACCGGAGCACAUUUAACGUUGGCAGCUUUUUGGGAAACUAAGCGAAGUAAAGAAGCAAGCUAGGCGGAAAUGAGACCUCUUCUACUGUCAAAUGUCGACCACUGCAGCUAAGUUUAGUUCUUAACAGAAGCAGUUAGAUCCAGCUUUCAUCGUGGACGUGACUCUGCAAAUGUGUUGCGUCGUGCUUUAUUAUGAUAUUUUCCUGCUACGCAGAUUGACAUUAGUGUGUUUUAAAAGCGGCGGGUUUUUGGUAACAGGGAAAAAAGGAAGUGCACACUUAAACACAGAUAUCCGCAGGGAAGGUAUCGGAAUCUGAACUUGUUGUUGUUGAGAGGCUCAACCUGCAGCCCUGUCCUGAGAGAAGGACCAGCCUGGCCAUCUGCUCUAAGAACAAGAUAUUUCUGAUUGGCCUCAGUGGGGAAUAGAGUCCAUAACAAGAUGAAACCCAGUGGUAGUUAGUCAGGUUGUGGUUAUUUUACUUGCCUUUUAUUAACACCAAACUUUUUUUUUUCUUUAGAAGAAUAAGGAAACUGGGCUAGAUCGACCAAGAGCAUACUAAUACUAUUUGAAAGAACUCAUCCUGAAGACUAAAUUAGGAGAAAUGUCGCCUAUCCAACCCUUUGGUUCUGAAACCUGUAAAUCCAAUGCAAUGUAUUGGGUUCUGAAGACACCCAAUUAAUAACUAGGAAUAAGCUGCGUUUGGUCUGUUCUAUGAAAGCGUCAGAGGUGUGUUAGGGAGCAUCUGUGGACAACGGCAUCAUGAAGAUCAAGCAACACAGCAGACAUGUCAGAGAUAAAGUUGUGGAGAAGUUCAAAGCAGGCUUAGCCUGUAAAUCAAUAGCCAGUGCUUUGGACAUGCCAAAGAACACGGUUCAGUCCAUCGUCAAUAAGUGGAAGCAAUAUGGCACAACUGCAAACCUGCCAUGCCACCGCCGUCCAGCUAAAAAGACAAUACAGCCGCGGCGGGCGUUAUUCGGGGAAGUGUUGAAGAGACCCGUGGUAAUUCUGGAGAAGCUGCCGAGAUCCACGGCUCAGCAGGAGAUGGAUGGAGUUGGCUGGAGCACUUCCAAGUCACAGGAGGCCUUCAGAACGGACACUCUGUCCAGGCUCGCCAGCUUCAUCGCGCGCACCGACACCAAGCAGCCCCAGAGCCACCACCCCCACCUGCCUCUGUACGGCUGUCAGGAAUGUAAGAAAGGCUUCCCCUACGCCAAAGACCUGCUGCCACACCAGGAGCUAAAGAACGCGCUGCCUAAACCUCACCGCUGUCCCCUAUGUGGGCAGCAGUUCUCCCUGAGGUCGUCCUUGCAGCUGCACCAGUGUGAUCUGGACUCGCACCAGCGUGACGGCGGCCAUGGGUCGACGCGGCGCGGCGCCCCCUGCACGACGCCGCUCUCAAAUGCGGGCAGGGCGCCGGAGAAGUCGCUUCAGCGGCCGCCGCACCUUUUGGACAGCAGUCCGUACGCGUGCGCCCCGUGCGGGAGGAGCUUCAGCCAGAAGCAGGCGCUGCUGCACCACCAGCAGGCCAGCUGCAGCGGCUCUCCGUCCAACGUCGCCGACGCCCGCAGCCUCCCCGACGAGUCUCCGCCCGUUUCCGAGGGCGACUCCGCCCACUCGGACUUUUCCGACACCCCGGGUCCCAGCGGCGGUACCAUCAGCAUGUGCCACAUCUGCUCCAGGAUCUUCUGCACCGAAGCGGCGCUGCUGCAGCACUUUCAGGACAACCACCUCCAGGAGGAGCUAAACGCCAAAGCGCAGCGUGACGCAGAGGGGGAGAGGACUGUGGAGGUUAACGGAGGGCCCAGUCAAAGCCUGAAAUCCAAAAAGAAGUUUCUAAGCUGUCGCUCCUGUGACAUGGUCUUCAGGUGCACGUCUAAACUGUACAUGCACAGGAAAGAGAAGCACAGGAGAGAAAACAGCGCCAGGCGGGAGCCCAGGCCCGCCAUCAAGAAGCUCAGAAAAGUGUGCACCUAUUCGUGUCAGAUAUGCAGCAAAGUUUUCUUCCAUCACCUGUCACUCAGGGCGCAUUGCAAACGCCACGCAGAGGAAGGGCGCGCCCCCGCCGAAGACAAAGACGUCUCCGCAAGCAGCACCAUCAAAGACUCCCAACCCGUCAAAGUCAAUCCCAACGUGGCUAAAAUACGGCGGCCGGGGAUUAAAACUCGCAAACCUGGUCCUGGACGGCCUAAGAAGACGGACAGCGCUUUGAUUCGCCCUGACAGAGAGCAGCAGGCGGAGGAGGAGAGCGACUUCCCCUGCCCCUCCUGUGCACAGGUCUUCUCCGUGCAGCAGCAGCUGAAGGAGCACAUGGAGCUCCACCAGUCCUCUGUGAGGAGGCGCCACUGCAGCGUGUGCAGCAGCGAGAUGGACGCGUGCAAAGGGCCCGGCUCCAAGAGGCAGAGGCUGUACCACUGUGUUCCCUGUCAGCAGGGCUUCUCAGCACUGGACUCUUUCCUAGAACACUGUCAGGAGCACCUCCGCAUCAGGGUGGAGGAGGACCGCAUGUCAGAGGGCCCGCCGCUGCAGGCCAGCACAGCCUGACCUUUAGUGCCACGCCCUCAGCGACUGCCUUUCUGCAUGCGAUGGGCGGGGCCCUCAUACACCAAGCUGACCUGAGGGUCCGCCUCCUGGCUUCUUUAUGCUGCUUUGUUUCCAUUUUGCACCGUUAGCUCAGCUGAGUUGGGUUCUGUGCCGGUCAGGGUGUCGAUCAUGUGUCAGUUUGGUGUAUGAGAGCCUGCUGAAAUGUAAUCAUGGAGCUGAUGACUGAAUGUUAACCUACCAACAUAUCAUCCAGGUCUGAAGGAACUCCUGUAACCAUGUGGCGUGUUUUUCUGUUCUUUGUUUUUCUCUCAGUAGACCACUGAGGUCCAUCAGAGCCUCUGAAAACGGGACCAUGUUCACUAAGCGGAUCAGGAACACAUUGGAAACGGCAAUCAAAACCAGAUCUGUGUUUUCUGAACAACUGUGUUGGAAACCUAAGAGUAGUGCUUCUGUUCUUAAUGCUUCUGUUCACACUACCAUGAAUAUUACCCAUCUGCUCGUGGCUUUUUCUUCUUCAGUCAAAUAUAUUGUUUGCCUUUGCUGAAUCUGAACACAUUCAUCGGGGCGUGCUGCCUCCUGCGUAGAACAGGCUCAACCAACAGGGUCCUUCUGUUUUGAGGAGACAAACUAUUUGUGAUUCAGUCUGGCUAAAUCACAUGUGAGAUGUUCCAACACAUUUUUCAAGUACUUUAGUUAAGAAGGGUAACGUGUUCUGCAGUGUAUAAUGUAUGGUUCUCCCUGCAGGUGGCCAAUAAUUACUCUAACUGGCCAUGUAUGAAUGGCGGGUCAGUGAGGCGUACCACAGGGUCAGAAUUAUGCUGAUGGUGCAUAGUUUUAGGUCUGAAGGUGUCUGGGCCCGACGCCCUUCGCCUCUCAGCACACUACUUGGUUCGGGUGGAAAGGAGAAAGAUGGCGGCCAGUGGGCACACCUUCAGGGAGACGUAAUGCUUCCUGCGUCUCUUUAAAUGGCCUCGGCCCAUCUGACCAGAACUAUCUGAUCACGGCGUUUAUGUUCAGCGAAGAUGUGGAGUGGGUUUGAAUUCUGUCAGCAGCUGAUGCCCAAAAUGUGUAACCUUUAAAUGUUUGAUGCAGGUUCUGUGCCAACUUUGUUCAGUGGGUGGAACCCAGUAUAUACCACUUUAAUUUGGACAAAACUUCUAUCUAAUGUUUAGAUUGUGUAACAGCGUUUCACUAGAAGCGUCUCCAGGCUGCCGCUGUGUGUUGAGGGGUUCAAAGCAAAACAGCGACUGCCUGAAGAAAUGCUCCUGAUUACGAUCCAGCUUUUAGUGGAGGUUUAGGUUUAGUGGAGCUGGUGAUAAAAUCACUGGCUUUGGUUUAGUUCCCUUUUUCACGGCCCAUUCAUUAGCAGAUGAGGUCUGCAGCUGCUUGAGAGCAUGUGGCUUGUUUUCAGAUUCCUUUUUUUUUUUUUUUUGCCAUUAUAAAGUUGCAUUAUUGUUGCCCUCGCUCCCACAAUGUCCCCAACGUUCACGGGAAUAUGUGUUGCGUCUUUAGUUCAUUUCAUUUGUCCAGCUGGCUGAAGUCUCACCUAUGCAACCGUGGAUUAAGAGCAGCUCCUCGGUGUCUGUGUCACUCGAUAAGUGCGCUUUGAUGAACCCACUGGCAUUUUCUCUUUUCUUUUGAGGUGUCCAGCUACCGUUUUCAGGGUGCUACUGUGAAAAUGUUCAACAUGAUUAAGUUUUAAACAUUUUGGUGUGUUUUUUUUUUUUUUUUGUUUUUUUUAUAUACUUUGGUUCCUACUUCUUUAUAGAUGACAGAAUAAAAACUUUACAGCAGAGA